UUCAGCAAGACAGUGGGGAGGCAGGUAUGGUAUGGCUUUCAUUUUUGGAAAGGCCUUACCUUUAUACUAGGAAAAGACCAUCCCAGUCGUACUAGCUAUCCAAAGUGCGCAGCUGUCCUAGCGGGGAGGGGAAAGCCUCCCUAAAAUACGGGGGCCACGUCCCACUGAGAUCCUUAUUUGAAGAGUAGCACCAGCAGUUGCAAUUUUAUCCAAACUCAAGUCGGAGGCAGAAAUUUAAAGGGUGGGGGGUUGGUCCUGGUGGCUUUCUACUUCCUCUUAAAUGUCUCGUUUCCUAUUAAUAGUGCACACCGCUUAUCUAGAUUGAUUAUGUGUUGCAAACAAUUUUCUGAAGAAGAAACAUUUGUCAGCAAGGCUGUAAAGAGGGAACUGCAAAAACAUGCAUUGGCUGGUUCAUAGGGGCUGAAUCUGGGGGCUGCUCCUUUUUGGUACAAGCUUCCUGGCUGCUUCCAAGUGACUCUCCGACCUGCUGAGACGACCCAAAGAAAGUGAGAGGGAGCUCUGCCAUUGAGGAGCGGACUCUCUGGGGAGGUCAGUGAUCUGUGGAUGUCCAGGGGAUAUUGCCAUUUUGCAUUUCUAAGAAUAGGGAAGAGCUGGAAGGUUAUUCUAAGACACGCUGGAGGAAGCAUCUAUUCUAACAAGUGCCAUUGAGACGCCUAAGUCUAGACAACACGGUGGGAGAGGUCCUCUCAGGCUAAUUCUGGCUCUUUUCCUUCCCCUCCCUUCUCUACCCAGAGCCUGUCAGAGAUAUUUCCUGUGAUUAACAAUGACAAACAGCAGCACAUCCCUGAGCACUCAGGAUGCGAUAUACAUCACGGUGGAGUCCAUCAUUGCAGUGUCUGCGACUGUAGGCAACGCCCUGGUCAUCAGCGUAGUGAAGCUCAACCCGUCUUUCCAGAACACCACCUUCUACUUCAUCGUCUCCUUGGCACUAGCCGACAUAGCCGUGGGGCUUCUGGUCAUGCCACUGGCCAUCGUGGUGAACCAGGGACUCAUCAUACCCUUCUAUGCCUGCCUGUUUGUGUGCUGCCUGCUGGUUUUCUUUACAAAUGCCUCCAUCCUGUCUCUCCUGGCCAUUGCCAUUGACCGGUACCUGCGGGUAAAGGUGCCCACCAGGUAUAGGAGCAUCACCACACAGAGGAGAAUUUGGGUUGCUCUGGGACUGUGUUGGCUGGUGUCUCUGCUAACAGCCUUUGUCCCCAUGUUUGGAUGGAAUAACAAGGAGACGGUGAUAGGAACAGGCAACUCCAGCUGCCUCAAGUGUGAAUUCACCACUGUGAUGAGGAAGGACUACAUGGUGUAUUUUGGCUUCUUCAUCUGUAUCCUCAUCCCUCUGAUCAUCAUGUGUGUCUUGUAUGUUGAAGUCUUCUACAUCAUCUACAUGAAGUUAAGCCAAAGUACGGCCAGCAUAAAGAUGGCAGGCGGGUUUUAUGGGAAGGAGUUCAAGACAGCUAAAUCUCUGGCCCUCGUCCUCUUCCUGUUUGCAGUGUCCUGGCUUCCUCUGUGCAUCUUCAACUGCAUUGACUAUUUCUGUCAUGACUAUAAAACCCCAAAGUCUCUGCUGUACCUGGGCAUCCUGCUGUCUCACGCCAACUCAGCCAUGAACCCCAUCGUGUAUGCUUGCAAGAUAAAGAAGUUCAAAGAAACUUAUAUUCUUAUUUUUAAAACCUACGUCCUGUGCAAGGAUUCAGAACCAGUUAUUUCAAGCACUGAGACUCCGUCAGAUCCGGUGUCAUAAAUUAAGGAAGCGUACUGCACUGUCAGUGUAAGUUCAAGUUCACGAUUAGAUAGAAAGGUAGACAAAUAGACACAUAAGCCUGCUUUGUAAUUUAGCUGAAGGGGAAAUAUAUGAUCCGCUUCUAAUAAUUCAAUGUCCUCAGGUGGACCUUUUACUACCCUAUUGGUUUUUCCUCCAGUGAAGCUAUAUGUCUCUGGGGUGUAGGUUGUAGCUGUGCUGGUCUAAAAGGUUCUUUG